CUCUUCUUACGUCCCGGACGCUGUUUCCCACAUUCACAAUCCCGAUACUUAUCUGAAAUAAAACAAACCAAUGCUGUUCGGACUUUUACGAGCACAGUUAUAAAAUGUGUUGUGGUUCGACUUUACAUAUACCUAGUGUGGUACUUAUAUUAUCAGAACGGAAGUUUUACGAAAGUUGGUUCUGACAUGGAGAUACCUAUUAUUAUUCUCAUAGUAGUGUUCGCGUCUGGGAGGCUUUGUUCCUGUGCGGAAGCCUCACACCCCCCUCAAGUCUCCCCAUCGAGCUACGUAAAACGCUGGCACUCGAGCUGGAGUGGAGAAAUAAAUGAUGCCCCGGAUAUUGGUUUCAAUAAACGGAAGAGGCAAAAAGCAGUGGAAUUGGAAAGUUCUCCCGACAACCAACUUAUUCAAUCACAGAACCAGUUUCCCUGUAUGGACGGCGUUGCUACGGAGCGAUAUUGUAAUUCACAUAAAUUUCAUCUUCGGAAUACACUCAAAGGUUACGGUAUAUGGUGCUCAUUAGUGGCGAGAGCGGGGUGUGUUCAACGCAUCAAAAGAAAACGAACGAAACGAUCUCCCGAUUCUCGUCCCGAGCUGGUGUACACAUUUAUUGAACAAGCAGUUCAGCCCGGAGCUCAAGUGGCACUGAAAUGUUCUGCCGUUGGAGAGCCCCCACCUAGAUUCCGAUGGAUGUUAGAUGGACAGCAAAUACCUUCACACCACGGAGCGAUUGUGUCAGAGAGCCGAGAGAGUGGUCCAUCAGGAAUGGGCGGCAGUAACAACUACAUUCUGUCGACAUUGUCUCUCAGCAGUGCGAAGGUUGAACACGGUGGCAGAUACGAGUGUCGCGCGACCAACGCGCACGGCUCAGUAGCGCACGCGGCACGACUCAAUGUUUAUGGGCCACCAUAUAUUCGAGCCAUGAAUCCAGUGAAGGGAGUUGCUGGUACGGAAGUGUCAAUCUGGUGUCCUUACUACGGAUUCCCAAUUGAUUCAGUGAAAUGGGAAGGAGGGGUCGGUGCAGAUCCAAGAUACCUGCAAUCAGAUGGGCGCCUCACCAUCACCAGCGUUGACAAAAACCGGGAUAAGGGGGCAUGGACCUGCUCUGUGAUGACGCCGGGAGGAGAGCUCGCGAGAAGAGAGGUGCAAGUGAACGUGGUAUCACCACCAGUACUGUCUCCAAUCGUGUUUCCUCCGGGCCUGCGUUCCGGCGACAGAGCUCAGCUUACAUGUACCGUCACCUCUGGGGAUAUGCCUGUCUAUUUCUCCUGGCUCAAAGAUCAAAUGCCCAUUUCGAGUGUCCUACAGGUGGACGAGCGCGGAGCAGAGUUCUACAGCAUGCUUCUAUUCAAGAGUCUAACAGCAGCUCAUAGUGGUACUUACACCUGUGUGGUGACAAACACUGCUGGAAAGGCUAACACCUCCACAGAAUUAGCUAUCAAAGUUCCACCGUACUGGCAAAUUGAGCCGUCAGACUCUGCCGUGCUGCUAAAUGGAUCGCUGACUGUGAGUUGCGACGCCCGCGGUCAUCCAUCACCCUCUAUUUAUUGGACUAAAUUCUCUGGUAGUACAGAGACGGCUCUAGGGGGAGUAUCAGAUCCCGUAGUGCUAAGUAAUGGUUCACUGAGGUUGGAGACCGCUCGCACGGAGCACUCCGGAAAGUAUGGCUGCAGGGCUGAUAACGGAGUUCCACCGGCUAUAAGCAAGACACUUACUAUACAUGUUAAUGAACCAGCGAGAUUUGAGACCCAGUCUGCUAACGUGACGGCUAAACUGGGUGACACAGUACGGCUGGUGUGCGUCGCUCGGGGAGACAGCCCGCUCGCUAUUGCCUGGAGUCAUUCUGGACGGCCCUUACCUAAUUCUGAUUACAGGAUGAGUAUAUCGGAGACCCGGAGUGCUGAAGGUUUGAGGAGCGAGCUGAUGGUGGAAAGAGCAGACAGAAGAGACUCCGGCGUGUACAGGUGUCAGGCUUCUAAUCCCUAUGGACGAUCUGAUCACUUUGUCCAUCUUGGUGUUCAAGAACCACCGGAGCCACCAACAAACUUCCGGGUGUUGGACACAAGCUCUAGGUCUAUUCGCUUGCAAUGGCGUCGACCCUACGAUGGAAACUCUCCAGUUCUGGGUUACGUGCUGCAGUACCGAAGACAUGACUCAGCCAGUCCUGACGUGUGGAGAGAUGCUGACACUCACAAUGUCUCUGUCUCCGCUCAUCAAAUCGACUCUUUUUCGGACAGCGAAUCUGCCACAAUAACGGGCUUAGAACCAGCCACGCCGUACCUAGUCCGUGCGCGCACGGUGACAAGUCAGUUUACAUCGGCUCACACACGCGCGAUACUAGCGCUCACGUUGCACGAGCCGCCGUCCCGUCCACCAAUCAGCUUGCGAGCCUCGGCACCGAGAGCGUCAACGAUUGAACUAGCAUGGCAGGCUCCGUCCCAGUCGUCAUGGAACGGUGAGCUCCUGGGCUAUACUGUUUGGUGGUGGGCCUCCGCAGAUGGCUCUUUGUCUGGCGGAGUUAAUGUUGGCAUGGAAUUUGCGACUGUCAGAGGGCAAAUCAAUAAAUACGUCAUUGAGGGCCUGGAUCACUAUACAAGGUACUCUGUGAGUGUUCGAGCUUUCAACAGCGCCGGCGCAGGGCCUGCCUCUACUCCCGUGAACACAUUAACCAAAGAAAGCGUACCAUCAGAAGGGCCGAGGUCAGUGCGAUGCAGAGCCGUGUCACCACAAAGUCUGAAAGUGGAGUGGUCUCCUCCACCAACUCACGCGCAUCACGGUGCCUUGCUGGGCUACAAACUUCUCUACCGACCUGAGAAUAUUGUUUGUGGCAGCGGCGGAUUGGUUAGAAUGGGAAGUUCGUGGCAGUACUAGUGGAAGUUCGAUAGCGGGAGC